CUUUGAGCACAUACUGUUGCUGAACCUAGACCUGACCAACUGCAGCAACCCCUGAUCAUAGCACUGCCCCCACAGGCUUGUACAGUAGGCACUAGGCAUGAUGGGUGCAUCACUUCACCUGCCUCUCUUCUUACCCUGAUGCGCCCAUCACUCUGGUCCCCGCUAUUCUUCCAGUUUUUAAUAAUGCGUUGGACAGUUCUUAACCCAAUUUUAGUAGUUUCUGCAAUCUCCUUUGAUGUUUUCUCUGCUUGAUGCAUGCCAAUGAUUUGACCCUUCUCAAACAGACUAACAUCUUUUCCACGACCACGGGAUGUGUCUUUCGACAUGGUUGUUUAGGAAAUGAGAAGCAACUCAUUGCACCAGUUGUGGUUAAAUAACUUGUUGCCAGCUGAAAGAUAAUCGCCCAUGCAGUAAUUAUCCAAUAGGAGGCUCGUACCUAUUUGCUUCGAUAAAUCCAGGUGGCGACUUUUUUUUGGCCAGGCAGUGUAUAUUUAUCAGGGUUUUUUUUAAGUAACUGAAAAAUGUGUCUGGGGAUUUUCUGGCAAGUGCCACUUGCAUUUCUUAUAAUUGUUUCUAUUCCUUUUUCAAUUUCACUGAGACAUUCCUGAAUCACAUUACUUCUUAGGUGACUUGAAGUGAAACAUGUGCCAUUCAUACAGUAUCUGUCUGUUAUUCACAGAAAGACACGACUUGCUCAAAAGCAGAGAUUUCUUUGAAAGCAAAAAAAAAAAAAAAGCUUUUUUUCAGUUUUGAUAGAAUAUGCUCUGUUUUUAAUGCCCUGUUUCACUGAACAUUAAAAAAAACACACCUUCAGCAGCCACAAAGAGAAAAGGGGAAAUCCAGUCAAGCAUUCAACAGCACCAUUAUUUGACAGUCACUUGCCUCGCUUUGUGAGGCGACCAGAGUUUUUCUAUUUUGGGAAAGAAGAAGUAAAAUAAAGAUAACUUUUUUUUGUAUUCUGCACACUCCAGGGAUGGACCGUUGAUUAUUGGACUACGAAUGAUGUCACAAACAUUAUCUGUCCAUCGACACCAAAUGCAAUUUUUUUUUGUUAUUCCACAUUCUUAAGGGAGUGCAUGUAAAUGUGUGUGUCAUGACAGCAGCGUGUGGGUGUGAGGCAGCCUCAGAAUUUCUCUCUUGUUUUCUAGUGUGACUGUCAGACACAGAGAGAGAUGGUGAGAUGCUGAGUGGAGGACUCCAGUGUGUUGCUAUUGUCUCCAGACACUGUGGUAGACAGUCACUGCUGUUUAUCUUCGGACUAAUUUUGGCAAUGCUAAGUAAAGUUCAGUCAAAUAAAGAGCUCUGCAGCAACAUUCUUCCUAGAUAUGAACACUGUGAACUUCAGCCAGAUGAUGUCCAUGGGUUAAACUGCUUUGGUAAAUAUAAUUUCAAGGGCUUAAAAACGUGUGUGUGGAAACCUGGAAACACCACGUUGGAGAAAACCUACACAAUCAUCAUUCAACAAAAUGAAAAAAAGUGUGAUGUACACUACAACAUCAGUGACUUCUGCUUAAGUUCAAUAAGAGUUUCUAUGAAGUCCAACAUGACUGUGGUGGUUGUAGUAAAUGGCGAGUCCAGUGAUUGCAAAAAGUCGGUCUUCAGAGGUUCACCGAGGAGCUUGCUUCAGUGUGAUGCUCCAUCUAAAGUCUUCUUCAGUCGACAAUCUGAAAAACUCAACCUGAAUGUGAGCUGGUUCAACCCAACGCCCAUCGGGUUUUAUUCUGUCAGAUAUAAAGCAGUGGGCAGUCCUUCGUGGAGUGAGACACCAAGUCGAUCCCAUAACAAAGAGAGAUGCACUGUGGAAAAUCUAAACACCUCACUGUUCUAUAAUGUACAAAUACAGUGUGUUACAAACGAAAAAUGCACACUGUGCCCAUGGAGUGAGAUUUACACCAUUCCACCAGAACUGACAACACGCCCUGUCCUUGUCAAACAUGAAGACACCGACAUCGCAGGGCAAAGAGGAACCAGACUGCUUUCUCUUAAAUGGAAGUAUUCCUCCGAAGGGCUGCACGACAGCUACUCUGUGACGGUCAGUAAAUCCUCCGGAGAGCCUCCACGUGAGCUGCUGAGCAUCACUCAGCCUGAGAUCUCACUCCUUCUCUCCUACUCCGGCUACCAGCUGUACAUCAGUGCUGCCAACAAUGUUAGCACCUCCCCGGCUCUGAGCUGGGCCAUACCACGGCGAGAGCUCAUUCCCAGUGCUGAGGCCAAGUUGACCGUGAGCGUCCGCAGUAGCACGUCCUUAGCACUUCACUGGAAAGACGAUCUGAUCAAAACCUACGUCUGCUACUCUGCCGAGUGGAGCGAGAAAGGACAUAAAACAGUGGCUAUGUCUUUUUACCAGAAUAAAAUGAACAAUAAGACCUUAUCACCUUUACCAGCAGAGGCUCUGGAGCCGUACAAGAGAUACCUUAUCAGUCUGCACACACGACCACAGAAGCAGACCUGCAACAUCAAGCGCAUCAACAACAGUGAGAGCACCUACGCCUCCACCCAGUUCUACUUGAAGGAAGGAGCUCCUGUCACUGCUCCAUACAUCAACAUCUCCAACAUUAGUCUGAUGUCAGUGGUGCUGCAGUGGACCACGAUCCCAGAAGCAGAUGUCCGAGGCUUUCUUCUGGGUUACUUCAUCCACUACACAGAGUACCUUAACCAAGGGGUUUCUACAGAGAAAAACGUGACAGUAGAUCCCACCUGUGAGUCCUAUAAACUGGGGGAUCUAAAAGCAGCGACGGCCUAUCAGAUCCAGGUGUCAGGGUUUACCAGCGCAGGAGCAGGUGUUCGAAGCUCAGCCACUGUUAUUAAAACCCUUGAAGACCAAGGAUAUUUUUAUCUGAACUUCAUAAUUCCUGUUAUUUUCUUUGCCAUUGUGGCCAUGGUGCUGAUAUGUAGGUGUUUCCUAAUGAAAAGAGCAAAAGUCCUUCUGUGGCCCAGCAUUCCACAUCCUGGUAAGAGCAGUGCCCUACAGAAAAUGGAAACACCGUUUGAAAUGGAACUCCUGGCAUCUCUUAAAACUCUGAAAGUAGAAGAAUGGGACACAGACGGCCUUCAGGUGAUAGAGAACAACAAUAUGGUCCUUCCAGGCCACGUUCCAUUUUUCUUUCCGCUUCUUUCCGAGACAGAGGAAGUGAAAGACUCCCUAGAAAUAACGUGUGACUGGAUCCAAACGGACACCGAGGACGCAGCAGAGGACGAUAACGCCACAGCCUCGACGACCAACUUCCAACAAACAACUUUUGCCUUUUCAAGUGACUACACGACAAUGGAAAUGUUUCAGCAGGCGAUGCCAAAGGCCGCGACUGCAGUGAACACAGCAGUGAGUCAGGACAUAGAGGGAGACGCAGCUGGGGGGGGGGUUCUUCAGGACAUGUGGGUCAGUGUGACACCAGUCCAACAUUGGCCAGUGAGGAGAUGGCCACAGUAUUGGUGUAAGUAGUACUAAUGAGCCAGGACAGUUGUUACCAAUGACAAAAGAACCACUUUGGCUUUUUUUGCCACUUUUUUCAGGUGUUAAAUAACAAGGUCACUUAAUCAAAAGCAAACAGUAACUGAUACUCAACAAGUUCAAAACAAGGCCAGGAGAUGGCACCAAUCAUCAUAAAGUCAGUUAAUGGUUGUUGAACUUUCAUCAAGUGGGAAAUUAUGUUGAUUUUUUUUUUACGUGAGUGACCAUGAAACACUACCAACCUCUACAACAUGGUGAUUAUGAGCUGCAGUUCCACGGUCUUAAAGUAGAGGGUGUUUGUGCAAAAAAAAGGGUAACAGUUUUACCAAUGGUAACAAUGGUAACUUUAUGGAACAUACAUCACCUCAAGUAAUCUUUUUUACCCCAUUGUACAUAACGUAUUUUCUACAUGAACUCAUCAUGUGUAAGCAUAUCAUCUCUGAACAUUAUAUUUCAUCUGCUGCUUUAAAUACUGCCACUGUAUCCAAUAAAAACCACAUAAUGUACUUAUGACUGUCGUAUUUCCUCAUUAUAAUGUCAUAAUGACAUUCACUUAUCACAAUCUAAAUGUACCAGUUUGAGCUUCUCGGAUUUUCAUUUAGCGUUUGUGACAAAAUGAGAAGCUGCAUAAGUUUCAUUCACCCAUUCAUUCAUCAUCUACAAAGCUGGUAUUCUGCUCCUUUAGUCGAACCUCAACCUUGAUCAAAAGCAACCUACUAUGCUAAUACUUUCCUGACAAAAUCUAAAAAAAAUAAAAAUAAAUAAAGAAUAUUAAUGCAACAAUUUGCCUAAAAAGAUGUAGCUAUGCUGUAUUUUAUGGUUAAGAUUCAGGUUUUUUCAGAAUACAAAUGUUUUAGCAAAAGCAACAUACGAAUAGUUUUCUGAAAAAGCCUUGAAAAAUAAAAUAAAAAAACUAUGAAAAUGAAUAUAAACGCAACAAUUUCUCUAGAUAUUCAGUAUGUAUUAAUAUAUGUAGCUAUGCAUGUAGCUACUUUGAGCUACUUUGAAUCUGACUAAUGGCUAAAAUCCAUCAAUACUUUCAUACCUCACAAUUUCAGCAACUAAAACACCCAGUGUGAAUACUUCAUGUAGUCUAUGUACUGUAUCAGAAUAAUCUGUACAAUUUUCACGUAGGCACUUUCUGACCCGCUCUGUGCCAAAGACACUUGUAAACCGCUGUCAACUGUUGUUAGCGUCGCCACCAUCUGUUUCCAGUAUCAGUUGUAAUUUUAUAGAAAAACAUAUUUAUAUAUUUUUGGUCAUACUCUCAAAAUAUUUAAUAUAAAAAGCAAGUACAGAUUAAAACUGAAAAAAAAAAAA